UGUAUUGUCAGCUUUGUCCGGUGCUGUAACUGUAACCAACAACUGUCUAAUUUGACUUCGCUUCGCCCAUACGAAGUGCUUAUUUCCUCGAAAAUAUGCUGAGGCUUGCUUACUGAUGAGAUUUUAACAUGUUGAGAAACAUAGGAACACGGUGUUAUGUUCCUGGUUGUAAGAAAUCGUCUGGGGCUAACCCAGAAUUAACGUUUCAUCGGCCAAGGGACGGGGACACAAAGCGAAAGUGGGAAGCAGCAGUCGCCAGCAGAUAUCCAGCGAAUAAAAAAUUCCGUGUUCCGCACAUCUGUUCCUCGCAUUUCGUCGACGACGCUUAUGUGGAGACGGACACUUUGCAGUUCCGCUUUGGGGUGGUUCCAAAAAGAAAGCGGCUGAAGCCCGAUGCUGUACCAACUGUGUUCCCGGAACAAGUGGAAAGCGUCGAUUCGCAUGACAAGGUUCAGUUAAGCAGCAUCGAAUCUGCUCGAAGUGAAGCAGGAGAAGUCGCAUCGACAAGUGGUGCUAGUGCACGUCCUGUUCAAAAGUAUGUGACAUCCACAACUGCACCAGAACGUGUACUCGUGCUGAAUGAGCUGCCCCUGAAGCCUUUGGUUCAGUAUCGGACAGUGGACUACUAUGCCUAUUUAUACGCCUUGGUGCCAUCUAAGCCUAAUUUCGAAGCUGGAAAAAUGGUGCACAAGACAACACAGACUGCUGUACCAACUGCCACGCUUGGCACUCAAACUCACAUCCAUAUGCGAAGCAGAGCAAGUCAGACGAGCUCAACCUUUUCAGCUAAGAGCACGUUUUCCUUCGCACCAUCGGAACUGAUGACCGAAUGUCCAGAAAACAGCAAGGGUAAAGAGCUCCACUUCAGUACCUGGGGACUUGGAUGCCACAGUUGGAUCUACAUGCCCACCUGACCCAAGGGACGUGGCAUUCCAGCUAUCUCAAAUAACAGAAAGUUCUGACACUGAAGACGAUGAAUACGAGAGGUGACAAUGGCCUGGACAUUCCAAAUCUUGUAGUCAUCACACAUUAAAUCCAGAAGAGCGUGUAGCCGCCUGUGGAUGACGAGGACGAUGCACCACUACUACUGCGCGUCACGGCACAAGCCAGUCAGUUCUGUCGGUAACAUCCUGAAGUGAAGCAACAGGUCACGAAGCUCCCCAACAUAUCUGGCCCUCCGGGACAUUCUAUCAUCGCCCGUCAGGACUCGUGUAGAGGAACACUAUUUCCUCGACAAGCGUUUCUUCCUGGUUGCCGAGUCUAGUCUGCAAAAACUGUUGUCUCAGUGCCCCUUCUGUGCGACGAUGCGAUUGAUAUGUGAGACUACAACAAGGGGAACAUGUCUAAAAGCUACAGUGGCUUCCAACUGUGGAAAGCAGCGUACAUGGCACAGCCAACCGUGGGCAGAUCACUCUGAAACUUUCUGCUGUGUUCUGCCAUGUUUGCUAGAGUAAACAUCUCAAAAGCAUUUCGUAUGUCUCAAAUGAUGAAGAUGGCAACACUGACAAAGUCGCAGUACUGCAGGAC